AUUCUUUUUCCCCCUUUGAUAAUAUCCUACCCUAAUAACAGCUCGAAUUUUCCGACUCUCAAAACUAUUUAGGCUUUUUCAAUCUCAUAAAAAAUAACACUCCAAUCUAAAGAGGAAAAAAAAAAAAAAAAAAGAAGAAGAAGAAGAAGAAAAAACCCUAAUUGAUCUUUGGCCUUCUUUUUCCUCUGCUCUUGCGAUUUUGGCACCAUGAGUAUUCAUAACAUCUCCAGUUCCAGCGAAUCCGGCAGUAACAGUUACGAUGUCAGUCUAACCGACGAAUUGGAUGAGGAUUACGCAAUUAUGGACGGAGCAAGUCAGGAUGAUGAAGGGUAUAGCUAUUCCACUGAGAUCCCUGAUGAAGAAGAAGAAGAAGAUGAUGAUGAUGUUCAUAGCAAUAGCAAUCAUAAUGGUGUUGAUGGAAAUUUGCUUGGUCUGAAACAAAAGUUAGAUGAAGGAUUCAGCAGCUUUUUGGCUAAAAGCCCUGAAUUUCCUCCCCUCCCGGAAAAGAAAAACCCAUCAUCAGGACAGAUCAAGGGUUCUUCUUCUGUUGUCAAAGGUUCAGGGUUUUGGAGAAAGAUUUGGUUUUUCUCCAAUUUGAUGAUCAGGGCUGCCAUGAUUUUCGUGUUGUUUAGCCAGUUACACGGUUUGAUUGACACCAGCAACCAUUACAAGGCUCUGGUUUCCCCCAAAAUCUCUGUUGAGUCCGUCUCUGUUUUUCCGAUCAACCACGACUCUGUUUCCGGCAACAUCACGGCGAACUGGAACAUGAUUUUCAACGUGAGGAACCCUUCUGAGAAUCACAUCUUGUCGUACGAUGAUACCACGGCCGAGGUUUUGUUCGGGAAUACUAAUAAUUUCAAGAACCCUGUUCUGAAUCUGAACUACUAUUACCCUGCCCUGAACCAAUUCAUCCAGCCAUUGAUUCCCUGUGCAAAAUCCACCAUCUGGAAGACGGAUUUGAAUGGUUUUCAUCAGGCUGGAAACGAGCGGAAUCUUGUUAAGGUAACUUUUUCUCCUUUCCCUGUUAGUAUUGACAAUGCUACUGCUGCUGCUUUGGUGAAGGAUAUCAAAUCAGGGGCCUCGGGAGCUUUUUCAGUUCGCCUGAACGGCACAAUCACCCAGCUCCACCCCGAAAAGGUGAAUAUUCCGGCGUCCUUCACGGCGGAUUGCCCACUCAACAUGGCUUUCAUCGACACCGGCGGCGUGAUGGCUUCGCCGUCGGAAGAAUGCAAGGUUUACAGGGGAGAACUCUUGAACUUGAAGAUGUUUGCCGUCUACUCUGGCGCCAUUUUGCUUGUUAUACUGAACACACAAUCUUACGUCAGGAGGAAAGUUCUUUCCGGCAUUUUCAGGAGUGGAAAAUCUGCAGUUUCUCAUGCCAAAGUGCUUUGAUUUAGGUUGUUUUUUUCCUUAUGGUAUUGGAACUAAUUUUUUUUUUUAGAUGCUUAUUAUUUACUAUAUUAGCAGUUUAAGAUAAUUUAAACUGCCAGGAUUUGGUUAUUGCACAUUAGGAGUUGUGUCUUUCUGCUAUUCAGCAUACAUAAUUGACAGGUUUUGAUUUCAUUGAUACAUAUUUCAGUAUUGCUUUUUUCAAGAUUUCAU